AGAUGUUCUUGAUGGUCGGGAGAACCGCCACGAUGUCCAUCUUGAGGAUCCAUGCCCGUGAAAUUUUUGAUUCACGUGGCAACCCUACAGUGGAAGUAGAUCUAUGCACCGCAAAAGGAAUGUUCCGAGCUGCUGUUCCAAGUGGUGCCUCCACCGGUAUUUAUGAAGCACUAGAACUGAGAGAUGAGGACAAGACCCGGUUCUUGGGCAAAGCUAAAUUUGGUGCCAACGCCAUUCUGGGCAUUUCACUGGCUGUGUGCAAGGCUGGUGCAGCAGAGAAACGCAUCCCCCUCUAUCGGCACAUUUCCCAACUUGCGGGCAACACACAGGUGAUCCUGCCUGUGCCGGCAUUUAAUGUGAUCAAUGGUGGUUCUCAUGCUGGGAAUAAGUUGGCCAUGCAAGAGUUCAUGAUCUUGCCAGUCGGUGCUGCCAACUUCAGGGAGGCAAUGCGCAUUGGUGCUGAGGUGUACCACAACCUGAAGAACGUCAUCAAGGGCAAGUACGGGCAAGACGCCAUCAACGUUGGUGAUGAAGGUGGAUUUGCGCCAAACAUUCUGGAAAACAAAGAAGCUUUGGAACUGUUGAGGACAGCAAUUGACAAGGCUGGCUACUCGGACAAGGUAGUGAUCGGCAUGGAUAUAGCAGCAUCUGAAUUCUUCCGUGAUGGGAAGUACGACCUGGAUUUCAAAUCACCACCUAAUCCUGAAAGGAAUGUUAGCUAUGAAAAACUCAUCGAAAUGUACACAAAUUUCACAACGUAUUACCCUGUUGUCUCCAUCGAGGAUCCUUUUGACCAGGAUGACUGGGAAGCCUGGAAGAAGUUUACAGCAAACACGAAUAUCCAAGUGGUUGGCGAUGAUCUGACUGUGACAAACCCCAAGCGCAUUGCCCGGGCAGUGCAGGAGAAGGCUUGCAACUGUCUGCUGCUGAAGCUGAACCAGAUCGGGACUGUCACAGAGUCUGUCCAAGCUUGCAAACUGGCCCAGAGCAAUGGAUGGGGAGUGAUGGUGAGUCAUCGUUCUGGGGAGACUGAAGACACUUUCAUCGCAGACCUGGUUGUGGGGCUGUGCACCGGUCAGAUUAAAACCGGGGCACCUUGCCGAUCUGAGCGCUUGGCGAAGUACAACCAGCUAAUGAGAAUUGAGGAGGAACUUGGGCAGAAAGCUUGCUUCGCUGGCAGGAAUUUCCGGAACCCCCUUGGCAAAUAAACCAGGUGCGUCUUCAGCUGUCAGCCCAGCAUUUCGAGUAGCUUUUACUUUCUUCUCCUGAGCAGCGGCAGAGUUGCUGUUUGUAUUUGCCCGGUCGGUGUGCUGGAAUGAUCAGUGUACCAGAGGAAAGAUAACAAGUCAGGCUGUGACAUCUGCUGGUUGCUCUGGAGGAUAAUAAAUGCAAGGCUUAUAUCAUCA